AGGCCAUCGACGGCGGCAGGUGAGAGGGAUACUGAUACGGUUUCCCCCCCGGACUUUGUGUCUUGGUCAUUUUCAAUCCGGCUAUUACCUACGAUCGGUGCGCGGGCAGGUGACAAUAGUGCGGCUAAAAAAAAACAAAUUUCGUACUCGGGGUGACACUUUUUUGUGAGCAGUGGUAUCGUGCUACCAAGGAUUUUAUUGGAUUCUUGAACUACUAUGGGCACUAGACCUUUUAGGGCCUCAUAGUUUCUUCUCACCCUAUACACUUAGCACCCAAACAGAUGCUUCCGCCGCCAAGAUGAGAUUGCUUCCGUUAUUUCUUCUGAUUUUCCUCUCAUUAGACGUCAAUGCACAACGAAGGACAACCGCCAAACCAGAAUCUACCUCAGCUACCCCAAGAUCAGUUUCAAGAGGGAGAGGGAGAUCGAGAUUUGUAUCCACUGAAGACUAUGUGCAACUUCAUGACUCGCCUGAACCUACUAGUAGACGAGUAGCCUCUAGAAAACGAGUAAUCGAAAACACAGAACAGAGAGUACCACCUCGAGUAGUCGGCACCCUACUCAAAACAGACAACUAUGCGAGAGUACCAACUGUUACCCCCAAACCUGAUAUAUCACCAAGAGCAACUAAUUCAGCAGCUAAGCCUGGAAGAACAUCAACAAGAGUAUCGAACUUUGUACACAGCAGAGGAGAGGCAUUGGAGAAGAGACCUUUGAAACAUGAAACGAUAGAUAGAAGAUCUUUUUCUGCAGUAGAAAUAGAAAGGAGAACUGCUAGACCUGUCCCAGCCGAAAGCUCAGAACAUGCUGAAGUUUCUAACCCCAUCAAGAACACGUAUGAGGUUCAAGAAGUCCCAGAAGAACAGCUAGAAUUUGAACCAAUCAGACGAGUUAAAAAAACAAGAGUCUUGACAGAAAGUCAUUUUGCAGCCAAGAAUUUCCCAAGGAGAAACUCGCUACAAAGCUUACCUACAGAAUCUCCUGAAGCCUUCAAGUCAACAAGCAAAACUAGUACUUCAACAGAAGCUUCGGUAUCUUAUUCUCCAGAAGACACUAACAAUGUCGAAGAGGCCGAUGACACCACCCUGAAAACCCUACCAUUAGAAGUCUCCAGUGAACCACCAGUACCAAAAGAAGAACCACUUAGUGAACUCAACUCCCAACCUCCUGAUACCCCGAAGACCACAGAACCUGCCAGAUCUCAAAACCUUCGGAGAAAUGGAGCUAGAAGAACCCACAGUAGCACCGAUCAAACCACACAAGCCACUAGGGCUCGUACUAGAACCCGAGUGACAAAGGUACCAGAAGCCCUUUUCCAACCUGCAGCACCAUCCAGAAGCUCCAGAAGACGGACAGGAGGUCCCUCGGUGUUCACCGCAGAAGUAUCCCAGAGUGAACCGAGGUCUAGAACCGGCAGAACCAUAGAAUCUACCCCAGAAAAGAUUACCAUAGACUUGACUUCUAGACGCAGCAGAAGGAACAGCACGCCUAGCAGCGCUCCAGUGAAAACUGGGCAAGCUACCACUACUAGAAGUACUGCCACUACUGCUAGAUCUUCUAGAAAAAGGCAGCCUAGCACGCUGAGGUCUUCUAGAAGCAGAUCGAGGUCUGUGGAGCCUGUUAUAGACGAGACCAAGCUAGAGGUACUGCCUCUAUUUGAGACCGAGCCUAGGAUAGUGAACUCAGUGAGGGGUAGAGGUAAAUCCAGAGCAGAAAAGCGAAGCGAUGAGCUGGUAGUACCAGAAAACUUCUUGACCAGCGCUACUGAGAACAACGACAGAGUGACCAGGCCCAAAGUGACUUUCAGCGUCAACGUGGAGACAAGAACUCAGGCUACCUUAAGGGGGAAACCUAACGAGAUCAGAGAGUCUGUGGUGUCGGAGGUAAGUCAGGUGAUCUCUAGGAGGACGGUGGCUAGAAAGAAGGAUUCGGGGUUGGGGGUGAAGAUAAAGGUUUUCGAUCCGUUGGCGAGGGGUAGCAAAAAGGGAGAGCUGAAGAAGCCGGAGAAGUGGAAGAAUAGCUCCGAGGAGAUAGACGAGAGCGAUAAUUAUCCUGAGCCUUUCAAGGCUUUGAUCAAGGCCAAUAAAGGAAAAAAGGAGUCAAGUGUAGAGAAGAUUACAAAAUCGGGACCUAGCAUCACGAAUUCCGUGACUACCACUUCUUCGACUUCAUCUCCAUCUUCUGCACGACUUUUGUCCAGAGGACCAACUACGACAAUUUCGGUUACUGCCAAAGAGAUAAAUGACAUAGACAACGAACUCUUCCCAAAACCCUCCUCGACCACGACGCCCCUGCCACGCACCUCGCGCAGCCGGUCCUCCCGCACCCCCACCGAGCCCCCCACCCUUCCAUCGAGAAGGAACGCCCCCGAAAUCGGACCGACGCCGUUCAACCCCGCAGGUCGCAAGACCCACGGGGGCGUGGCUUUCAAACCGAAAGAGGGCAGAGCUAGCAGCAAGCGGAGGGAGAGGGGAGAUGAACAGGUGCCGACUAAGGUGCCAAAGUUAGCGAUUGAUGCAGCUAAACAAGAAAGAAGAAAAUAUCGAAGUGAUUUGGCUUCUAGAAGUACAUUGCCUCGUUCCACCACCAAUGCCCCUAGAUAUAUCCCCACCAUCCCCUCUAUGCCUUAUGUUCCGACAAUACCAAACAUAACACCACCAAGGACAUCGGUAUUCUCUGAAGCCAGCAAGAAGGAUCCUGAUCUAGGACUGGAAGUGAUUUCUUUUGACGAUCCUGUACCGCCUCUUCCAUCUGAGAACCUAGUAAAAGAAAACCCAUUCUCGAUCGCCUUACCUCUGGUGUCAGAUGGUACCACUGAGAAGCCUGUAUCGAUUUUCGAGAGGAUUAUAAACUCUAUAACCGCCAUAUCUACUCCUUCGCCUGUCAGUAAUGACUUUAGUAGUAUCACUUCAAGCACCACCGAAUCGGAGUCGGCAAUUUUGAAGUUGGCGCCUAAAAAAACAGACUACGACGAGACCGCACAAACUCUCAUCACACCGACAUUCACUACUGAUAAAAGUACUACCAUAAUUGAGAAAAUAUUGAGUUCGAUCAAUGCCAUUCAAGCCACAGACAACACCAAUUCGGCACAAGUACGUACCGAUUUCAAUACAUUGAGUUUUUCUACCACACCUAUGUCACCAGUGAGAGCAUUGACUAAUACCCCCACCGAUACCACCCAUACACUUCCUGCACAGUUUAGCACUAGCUCUAUCGAUCCUCUUAGCGUACUGAAUGAAAUCACUCCUGAACAAGCUCUGCAAAAGCGUACCAUUGGAAAACUAUUGGAGAUAUUGAACAGCAUGGUUUCAACAACUCUGCAACCUCAGAAAUUGGUAGUUGUCACUCCAAAAUCCCUCAAUUUUGCUUCAGCUGUAAAUACUGACGGUAUAGGGCAGUCUUUCGGCGCAAUCUCAAGUACUACUUUUCCUCCUAGCACUACAACUGAGCCUAGUACAAUCACGACUACUGAAACACCUUCGACUACUUUUCUUUCUUCUACUGAAACAAUUACUGAAGAUUCAACGACGUUCACUGAUCAAAUUUUAUCAACUACUACUUCUGACUCUGAGCUUCUUGGUACUUCUAGUACCACUACUGAAUCUCAAAGCACUAGUACGCUUCUUUAUACUUCAACCGAUAGUACUACGACGACUUCUUCCACCGAGAGUACUUCGUUUCCUUCCCCUAGUGAAGUUGGCUUAGUAAGUUCUGUUGAUCCCUACUCUUUCUUUUCACUUACUUCCACUCUUCCACCUCUUGAGAAGUUUGAGGUUAGUCCAGGCAGUGUAUCCAUCUUUUCAGCUAACGACUUGUCUAACUCUAUAGCCCCAGAAGAUAACCUUUCCACUACCAUAUCCAUACUAAGCAGAUCCAACUUCGAUAACACCGCUACUACGCAAAGUAGUACUACUACCGAUGGCAGCACCACUUUAGAGCCUACCACUACCGAAAGCUUCACUAGUACUACAGAAGAAUUAAGAAUGACGACGCUGGAUAGUACUACGACGCCAGGUAGUAGUACUACUAAAGCUAGUGUCGUUAAUGUAAAUAAAGACAUUGUGACUAACCGUUUGGGAAGGUUGUUGAACAUUCUUCAAGAUCCUGUGCAGAACAGCAUCGACUUUUCUACUCCCAGCACUACUACCAGUACCACUCCGGACUACUUUGUGUUUGCGGUACUGAAUAAUAACACGAUUUUACGAAAGAAACCGCCAACUGUGCCGAACAAAAACACGCCAUACCUCAUAGUGGGAGUGUACCCAGACAAUACGGUGGUGAGGAGGUACCCGAACGGUACUAUGGUUCCAAUGGAACAAGUCAUAAGGGUAAGGGGAUUCGAUACUCGCGAAAACCCCCCUCCUUUGCCAGAAAUAACCAGUAACCAAGUAACAAAUGAACGAGGAGUAUCGGAAGAGGAUAGUAGAAACUUCCAGACGGCGAAACAGAAUUCAAUCCCAAGUUUUGAGGCAAACCCACUCCCGCUGAACAGUGGUAGUACCAGUAGUACCACUUCAGUGACUAACCUAGCAAGUACCAGCACCCCGGAACGUAGCCCUCGCACGAAUAAUAGAAUUUUCACCACGACUACCAGUAGUACUACUCACGUGUCGAGCGGUACCACCCAGAGGUCUCUUGGUACCACUGAGACUGAGGUACCUCUAGGUAGUACGUUGACGCCGAUUGGUACUAAUACCGAGAGCGAUUUUGCUGGUACGGUGGAUACGGUGACGGUGGCGUCUAGUACUGUAUCGGGUACCACUUCGGGUACUACUAAUCCUACGCUGUCGACGCUAUCCGAGUUGUUUGAUGGGAGAACUUUGAAUGCUUUCAAUGAAAUCGUGAAUAGGGUUGAUACAAACACUGACACUAUCGCCACCACUCAACAGGUCAUCAAGGUCGACGCUACAACAUUCCAGCCUCAAUCUAGUACAACUUUGAGUACGAUCGGUACCACCGUAUCUCCAUCAACCACAACAGAAACUAUAUUUACUGACUCUCCCAUCAAGGUCACUACUGAAAAUCAAGUCACAAUUUCUAAUGAAAUCUUGGAAGACAGAACUACUCCAGCGAUGUCAACUACCUCUGCACCAACCACUACUACGAUCAGAUUCACUACUACAACUCGAAAAGUACCAGUAACUACCAAAUCUGUACGCCUAACUACAACACCUACAAAAGUACCCGUAACUACCAAAUCUGUACGCCUAACUACAACACCAACAAAAGUAACUUCCACCUUAUCCACGAGACUACCCGAGGCAGAACCUACUGCACCGUUUAUUCCAACUUUCUUGACCACCCUGUUCCCUAACUUGUUCGCCACAGAAGUACCUGCCACUAGGGCACCUAGAGUGCUCUCGACAAAAAGCCCGGGGGUCAUAAGGAUCUCAGCAGCCCCCUCUGUGACUGAAAACCUGUUUGUAGCAGCUAGUACUACGAGAGCAACCACUGUAGCUCCACCUAGCACCACCAUAACUACAACUACUACUACAACUCCAAGACCUACUACCAGGAGUACUACAACUUCAAAACCUACUACUAGGAGUACUACUAUAACCCCAAGACCUACUACUAGGAGUACUACAACUCCAAGAGCUACUACCAGGGGUACUACAACUACUGAGAGUACUACAACUACAAGAGCUACUACCAGGGGUACUACAACUACUGAGAGUACUACAAAUUCUGUUUCCACUACAACGGAGAAGAAUGUUCCAGUUACAAAUAUAAGUCCGAUCGAAAUGACGACAAAGAAAAAAUUGAAAGUGUUGACUGAAGAGCAAAAGGAGAAUUUGAAGACCUUGGUGCAGUUGGAAAAGGAACAAGCAGCUCUGCUACAGCAAUUGUCAUUUUUGACGAAUCUUAAUCUUGGUGGAAGAUCAGUAGCUCCGAAGAAAACGAAGACACAGAAACCCACGAGUAAAAAUCUAGCAGACAGGGUAGUAGCUCUUGCCGUCGAACGUGACAAAACUGCGAAAACAACCACCCAAAAACCACCCUCUUCAAUUCAGGACCAACUGGCGGCCAUUGAAGCAACCAGACAACCCAAACAACUGACGCCAUCUAUCGAGGAGGUGCUCAAACAGUACAACCUCGGCGAUAUCGAUAUCGACAUCGCUACCACGCCGCAAACUUCCUACGGCAAGUCCAACGACGCCAUCUUGGCCUCCAUCUUGAAACAGCAGGGCAUUGCUCCUCCGACACCUAAGAGCUUGGCAGAUCAAAUCAAACAAGCUGGUCUCUUCGAUGAUACCACUACUCGCAGACCGAAGCCCAAACAGAAGCCCCGCCCACGCGUUACCACCACGCCUCCGCCCAGCAGGCUGAUGCAAGGCCUCAAUUGGCUGCUGAACGCGCUGGCGCCCGUCCCACAAGCCACGCCCCGCCCCACCAGGAGACCGGCCAAACCCAAAGCCAGAAAGCCGCCGGUGGACCAACUGGAACUGCUGGCCAACGCUCCCACUCACGUGACGCCUGUCAUUACUGCCGCGCCAACGAAGCAGAGAGGCGGCGUCACACAUAAAGAAAAUACUAGUGGUGGGUCGAACAGUCUCAGCCAGGAGGACAUCCAGAAGCUGAUAGCGCAGCUGGAGGGGCUGCAGAAGGACAGCUCCAAGCAGGCGUUAGACUUGUCGCAGAUCAAGAGCUUGCAGAACCUGAUCAACACCGAUGAGGGCGUUGUGGUGUUGGCCAAUGGCGAGCACGGGACCACUUCCAGGCGGACUACGGCAGGCCCACCUACCAGUAGUUCUAGAACUACCACAGCGAGAUCGACCAGCGCUAGUACUACGCGUAAAAGGCAACAGCGCAAGCUGACCACAGUUCCUGCCCCCGUGAGCGUCAGCAACAGCGUGGAGGAUUACGACGAGGAGGAUUUCGAGGUGACCACCAAGAAGCACAAGGCGCCGAUAGGUUUCAGACCCGUGCCAGGGGUGGACGAUGAUUCGUCUGAAUCGUUCGUCAGGAGCAAUCUGAUCACCGCAGCUGUUAAUGUGACGAAGGCGAUUUCAGGUUUUCUGGGCACAGCUCUGCAGGGAGCUGCACAAUCCUUCAAGUCCAUCUGGGGAUCUGGAUCUGCGCUGGGGUCCAGAGUUCUGGGAGCAGCGUCCGGAUCAUCGGCAGGUCCCGGAUGAAAGAAUCAGGGUUAUUUAGGAAGAAUGUAUUUAUUAUUUUUUUCAAUGUUCGCUCUCUUUUUGAUAGACUGAAUGGGUAAAUUGAAAGGUUCAGGGCGAGCGAGCGUUAAUUUUGGCUGAUUGUUUUUCAAAUUUUGCAACGAAUAGGCAUGACCUAUCUUUUAAGUGUCAUACUGUUUUUUACUUUUUUAAUUUCACUUUUUCUUUGGCUCAAAAGUUUUGUUGUUUUGUUGUAAUAAUAGUUGUGUUUCCUAAUUUGCUGUAAAUAUUUUAAGUCUAAUGAUUUUCUCUCUGGAUUUCUUCAGCGAAUGUCUCCAGUCUUUCUGAUAAAUUCAUGGGUAUUUUUGUACGGUUUAGUGUAGCGUAGCUCGAGAAACCAUAAUUUCUUUCAUUGUUUCACACUUUCAAUUUUUUUCAGUUUAUUUGCACACUGCAUUACAUUCUUCACUCUUUUCGCGGAUUCUACUUUAUAUUUUCUUCAAUUGAUUUUUUGCUGUUCCAUUUCUUGCAGAGAUGCAUACAUUUUCUGAAGAUACCAGCUAUUCUGAUGUAGCCAAUAUUUUAGUCUCAUUUCUAUUCACAUUUUUUUCCCUUUUUCAUUUCUAUUUCCUCAUCCUCCUCUUUUUUCGAAAUAAUGCAAUGUUUAUGAAUGCCUAUAGUAAACGAAUUAGAGUGGAGAUAUUCUAUAGAAUUGCCAAUAAUUAUUGCAGUUUGUGUUUUAUCUACUGAAGAGAUUUCACAUCUUAUUCAGCAAUCAAUAUCUGUUUGCCGGAAAAUUCGGUUCCUUGUAUAUGAAGCUUUUAUUGUGUAAAAAGUUACCAUUAUAUAAAUUGUAUGUAUUGUAAAUAUUAAGAAAUUAAACUAUGAUAUAAAACUGCAGUUUUUUCAUCUGAUUGAAUCAAAGUGUAUUAUUGUCUCACGGCAUUGCACCUUCCAAUUUAUUUACCAAUAUAAAUCUAC